AUGCGUGUGGAAGAUCAAAGAUUCAUUCACGAGGAUCUUGAGAGACUUGAGCAAGGCAUCAGCGACAGAAUAUCAGAAGAACCCCGGAAUAUACGGGAGCGCUUGAUUAGAGACCAUCAGAUCGCCGGAUUCCUCGAUCGGAUACAAGGACAAUCACAGCGGCUUCUUGAUAUUUAUAACGAUGCCGACGGCCUUCGCGCAAAGGAGGUCCAGGCCAUAUCUGCCGGUGACCCGUUCGAAGAAUUCUAUAAGCGUUUGGAGGACAUAAAAGAUUUUCAUCGACGAUAUCCUAAUGAACCCGUUGAGAAUUUGGAGCGAGCCUACAAAAGACGACACCCUGCGGAAGGUGACCCGUUGGCAUCGGAGAUUGAGCACAUGUUCACGGGGGAGGAGUCGUACGGCCAAUUUUUCGACCUAACCAUGCUCCAUGAGGAAUAUCUAAAUCUUCCUGGAGCUAAAAGACUGACGUAUCUCCAAUAUCUCGACCAGCUUGACCAGUUUACCCAACCACAGCUGCCGAUCAAGCGAGAAAGCAAAUUAACGGACAAGUAUUUCAAAUACGUGGGGAAUCUCGCUAGCUACUUAGAGAACUUCAUAAAACGAACCAAGCCGCUAGAACCGCUCGACCAGCUUUUCGCCGAUUUUGAUAAGGAGUUCGAGAAACUCUGGGAAGCCAACCAGGUACUUGGUUGGGAAGAGUCAACUGCGACGUCGUCUGCUCCAAAAACUGAAGGGAUGGGUGAAGGUAUUUGGUGUGCCGAUUGCGAAAAGGAAUUCAAGAAUAAAAAUGUCUACAAAAAUCACCUCACGGGGAAGAAACAUAUUCGGGCUGCAGAGGCGCGAAAGGCAAAUGGCGCCACUAAUGACGAAAGCGCACGACCCAAUGGUGUGGGAGCCGCCGUUACUCGUUUGAAGGAGAAGGCGAUCGCUGAACGUGAGUAUCGGGUUCAGGCGCUUGCAAAGUCCCUGCAAGAUGAAAGACAAGCAACCCGCGUCAACGUCGAGCGCAAACAGGGAAUGACCGAACGAGAGCGGCAGAUGGAGCUGGAGGCGCUCAUGGCCGAUACUGGCGACGUGGGCGUGCUUCGACGUGAUGAAGAGUCUGAGAGUGAUAGCGAAGAAAAGAUAUACAACCCUCUGAAGCUACCUUUAGCCUGGGACGGAAAGCCCAUACCAUACUGGCUCUACAAGCUUCAUGGUCUAGGGGUGGAGCUGCCUUGUGAAAUAUGUGGUAAUUUCGUUUACAUGGGCCGGCGCGCUUUCGACAAACACUUUUCCGAGGCUAGACAUAUAUAUGGCCUAAGAUGCCUUGGAAUCACGCAACAAACCAGCUUGUUCAGAGAGAUCACCAAGAUCGAAGAUGCCUUACGCCUCUGGGAAAAGCUCGAACGGGACCGAAAGAAGGAGAAAGAUUCCAGAGACAACGUGGUUCAAAUGGAGGAUGCCGAAGGAAAUGUUAUGCCGGAACGUAUCUAUUAUGAUUUACAAAAGCAGGGUAUCUUGUAAAUGGUUACAGGCUCAGCUAGAUUUUCUGGGGCGGAUUGGGUGCCGGGCGCUGGGGACCAUUUAGAGGUUCAGGCGUUAGUUAACUUCUCUAUUUGAUCUCCAAGUUUAUAAAACAUCAUUGCUUCUGC